AUGAGUACAAGUAGAUAUGUAGCAAAGAAGCUUCAGCCAUUUAUCACUUCUAAGUUAGAACUGACUUAAUAACUUGAAAACUUAGAGAAGGAAUAAAAGGAAGAGGAAAGACUGAAUGAUUAAUACUUCGAUAUAUUAGGAAGAAUGGAAAAAGUAAAAAUGAAAAUAAUCUAUAAAUUUAGGAAUAUGAAACUCUUGUUCACAUUUUAGAAGAUUAUAAUAGGAGGACAGUUGUAAAAUAGAAUGGAGAUACUGAUUAAGAUUAAAAUUUAGAUUCUCGGAUUGAAAAAGCAGUUAUUGAGACUUUGAAUUUAUACUUAUUAGGAAAUAGUAGAAAAGAAUAAUUAGAAGCAUUAUAAGAAAGAGAAGUAGCUAAAAAAUAAUCUGCUUUGAAUUUGACUCUUGGGAAGACUGUCAUAACAGAAUAAAAAUAAGUUGAAGAUGAGAAUGAAUUAAAUGAAGAUGAAUAUGGUUAUUAUGNUAAUUAUCUAAAUUUGAUGUAAAUAAUUAAUUAAUUAAAUUAUGAAUAUCUAUCUCAUUAGCUAUCUAUAUAUAAAUUUGCUUUGUCAUUAUCCUAUUUUAAUUUGGAUUUACAAUCUAUUAGAGUUCUUAAAUUAAUUAAUCCAAUUUAAAAUGUAAAAAACUUUAUUUUUUAUAUUUAGAUUAUCCAUAAUAUAUUAGUAUCAUAAUAUUAUGUUAUAUUUUGA